AGAGAGAGAGUCUUGUAGGAGCAGCGGCAGCAUGACGGUGAGCCGCCAUGUCUAAAGCCACGGUCAGGAAGCUGCACUGGAGGUCAAAGGUGCAGGAGAGCUUUGUCCCACUGGGCGGGGCUUCAGGGGAGCUGGGCGUGGCCAUCGGGGGAGGGGCCGACUAUGGGGAGUUUCCAUUCGUCACAGCAGCGCCUGGGGGAGGAGCCACGGUGGGUGAUGUCAUCCUGGAGAUCGGGGCGACGCCCGUCCUGGGCAUGACCCUCGGUGAUGUCAGAGGGGUCCUCAACACCUGCCCUCACCCAAUCAGGAUCAAGACAGUAUCACCAGGUGCGUCGCUCUGUAAGGACCUGCGGCUGUUCCUCUCAAAGUGCUUCACCCCCGGCUCGCUGGACGGACAGCUGCAGCAGAUCAUCAGGGAGAACCUGUACAUACGGGCAGUGCCCUGUACGACGCGGGCGUCGCGGGAGGAGGAGAUCUCGGGGGUGGACUACAACUUCGUCUCCAUCCAGGAGUUCUUCUCCCUGGAGGAGUCAGGAGCGCUGCUGGAGAGCGGCAAGUUCAAGGGGAACUACUACGGCACGCCGCGGCCCGUCCACAUUGGUCCAGAGAGUCCGCCAGUCACGUACCUGGAGCACCGCAAUCUGCUGAGGAACUUCAGGACCAGGAGCAAGUCCCUGAACAACCUGGAGAAGGCUGGGGAGCCGGAGGAGGGCGAGGACAAGAGCUCAGUGGGCGGGGCCCUUCCUGUCAGCCAAUCAUGGGAGGGUCCAGGGAGGCGGGGCCUGGAGCUGAAUUUGAGUGAAACUGGAGAACAAUACUACACAAAUCAGUCUAAGACCAACUGGACAGACCCUCGAAACAAGGAGCCCUCAGACUUGCCAGAGUUCACGGAGCAGGUGAGCGUGAUGCUGGGCUCCUCGGUGCCGGUCCGCCUCACCAAGGGCCCGCGGGGGUUCGGCUUCAACAUCGUGGGGGGCAGUCGGCCCCGGGAGUUCCUCCAGGUGUACAGCAUCACCCCAGGGGGCCCCGCCAACCUCAGCCCAGCUGACAUCCUGGUCUAUAUCAGUGGAACCUGUGUGCUGGGCCGCUCACACAAGGAGGUGGUGGAGAUGCUGCAGGCCGUUGCCAUGGGGACCAGUGUGGAUGUGGUGCUGAGGAGAGGAUACCCCAUGCUGUACAACCCUGAUGGCUGUCCUAAACAGAGCUUGGAAACUCCCCGCCCGUCCAGAGAAGACACCUGCCCACCUGGUCUGGGUAGCCACGCCCCUUCCCAGCCCUCACCUGGUGUGGUUAGCCACACCCCCUCCCAGCCCUCACCUGGUGUGGUUAGCCACGCCCCCUCCCAGCUCACCUACACCACGGCGGAGCUCUGCAACGGCACAGGUGCAGGAUUGGCCCAAACUCCGCCCUCUUAUGCGGCUCAACCUGUCACUAACGGCGUGUCCGGGGAGGCCACGCCCCCUCCUUCUGAAGCAGCCCCGCCCCCCAAGCCUACAGCCAGCGGAACCCUGCGCAGGUCUUCUCUGAUUGGCUACAGCACAGGCUCCCUCCCCGCCCCCUCCUCCACCCUCCUCCUCCGUCAGCGCUCCUCAGACCGGGACCUCUCCAGCUCCACCCUCCCCAGCUCCACCAAGCAGCCCGCCAACCCCCCCCCGACCCUGCAGCCCCCCUGUGGCUUCAACGGCUGCCCCGCCAACCACCUGGUCCCGGUGGCGCUGUGCCGGAGCGAGGGGGGGCCGGGCUUCAGCGUGGGGGGCGGGGGCCCGGGGGGGCAGCAGGCGGUGGUCCGGAGCCUCUGGGACCCGCGGCUCUGCCCGGCCCUGCAGACCGGCGACGUCAUCACCAAGAUCAACGGGGCGGACGUCCUCCACCUCACCUUCACCCAGGUGCAGAGGGUCCUCCAGGAACACACCCGGCGAGGGGAGGUGGUCCUAUUGGUCAGCAGAGGAGCGGCCCUCGACCCCCCUGGGGUCACACCCAACUUCUACAAGCUCCUCCCCUCCCCCCUGAGCCCCGCCUCCAGUCCAGCUGACACGCCCUCCUCCUCCUCCUCAGUGUCCUUCCUGGGGGCCGUGCCCCCCCUCAGCCAGGCUGGCACGGGCCCCGCCGAGGGCCCCGCCCGGACCCCGCCCACACGCCAAGUCCAGUCUCCCAGUGAAGCUGCCGGGUCGUCUCUGGUCCAGAGUACCAGCUUCCUGGACUCGGUCCCGGUCACUCUGACCCUGGAGCCCCGCGAUUGGCUGGGGGUGGAGGAGAGUGUCAGAGGGGGAGGAGCCACGCUGGGAGCUACAGCCAAUGACGGAGGAGCAGGAGGGCUAGGGGGAAGGUCCAAGAGCAUGCAGGUAGAGCUGAACAGACGACCAGGAGAAGGCUUUGGCUUCGUCAUCGCCUCCCAGAACACCAACACUGAAGGCAGCUGUGUGAUGGCCCACCGCUUCGUCACGGUGCGGCGGGGCAGCCCAGCGGCCCGCAGCGGGGUCAUCCAGCCGGGGGACCGCCUGGAAGAGGUGGAGGGCCGCGCCGCCGCCAGCAUGAGCCACCGCGAGCUAACCCAGAUACUCAGGAGGGCUGGCAACGUGCUGCGGCUGACGGUGGUGCCCAGGAGCAGCAGCAGCAGCAACUCCUCAGAAGCAGCAGAGUCCGAUGCUGACACCAGAUGGCAGAUGAGGAGAGGAGGUGGUCAGAGGUCAAAGGAGGAGCAGUGGUUCUACCGGGUGGAUCUGGAGCGCGGGCCCACCGGGUUCGGGUUCUCCCUGCGGGGGGGCAGUGAGUACAACAUGGGGCUCUACGUCCUGGCCCUGAUGGAGGGGGGGCCGGCCCAGCGCUGUGCCAAGAUACAGAUCUCGGACCAGCUGGUGCAGAUCAACGGGGGCAGCACGGUGGGCAUGACCCACGGCCAGGCGGUGGAGCACAUCCGGCGGGGGGGGCGCUGGAUCCACCUGGUGCUGAAGAAGGGCAACGGAUACGUCCCGGACUAC